AUGUCUGUGAUGGAAAAUGUGAUCUCCAAAGGCAUAGAGGCGGCACUCAGAUGCAUCCUUGUCAAUAAGGAUAUUUUGACAUCCACAAAGUGUAGUCCUCGAAGGAAAAAGAAGCAGGAUGAUGAAAUUAGGAUAGAAAGGGCCACAGAUUUGAGCCACGAAAGAGACUUCCUUCUUGGUGAAAUCCAGCAUCUCCUCAAAGAUACCUUCAGUAUAUCUCAAGAUGCAGAUUUUAUUGUGCACCAGCCAGCAGAUUGUGAAGAUGUGUACUCAUACAAGUACAAAGAUGGCCCAGGCCCCAACACCCAGAAUCUGGCCUUUGAUCUCAAACACAGAUUUAACACCCCCUGGAAUGUGAAAAUUCUCGAUAUUCUCCUUGAAGAAUUGAAAAAGAGGAGUGUAGAAGAGGAGUGGCCAUUCCAGAGGUUGGAUGCCUAUUAUAAGGCGAUACUCAAAGAUCACUACAAGCGGAUGCGGAUGGUCUGGAGAGCAGCCCAACCAAAGGUUACAGCAAAGGGCUGCUUGGAGAUUGCGGAAGCAGUGGAGGAGAGGUUGAUUGCAAAAAGAGGUGAAAAUCUGAAGUCGAAAUAUCUCCACAGAGCAAAAGCCCUGGAGCAAGUUAUUAAGCUGAAGAAAGAUGGUGAGGAUGACAACCUACCAGCUUGGCAGUGGCUUCAAAAACUAGUCAAGAUGCUGGGAGACAGGGGUAUGAGUUCAGAAGAAAGUGAUAUUGAAAAUGACAUUGAAUGUGUGCUCUGGGUCAAGAACAUGGCAUGGUGUCGUGGGAUAGAGUGA